AGAGAGAGAGAGAGAGUGUGUGUGGAGCUGAACCUGAGACCUGGACAGAAAAUGCCUCUCCUUUCUAACUUAACGACUAUUGUCUUGUUGCUGAUUGCUCACUGCGGAUCUUGGAUUCUGGCUAACCGCUUGGGCCCCUACAAGGGUUGUCCCUCCUGUAGAGAACCUUUGGGGGCAGGUCGGGCCCCCAGAGACCAUAUUGGGCAAGCAGGCAGCACAUCCAUGUUGGCCCAGGGAGAGCCCUGUGGUGUGUACACCCUGAGCUGUGCCAAGGGGCUGCGCUGCGUGCCCCCUCCACAGGAACACAGCCCUCUCCAGGCGCUGCUGCAGGGCAGGGGCUUCUGCACCAAGCACAGCAGGACCAGUCCCACAGAGAGGCCCCACCCCACAGGUAAGACUGAGACACACACCACUGGCACGUCUAAUAGUAUUCAAUUCAGCUCUGUGUUGUCUGUGUUUGUUAAGGCAAUUAUACCUACAGCUUAGCUUAUGAAUCAUUGGAAGUAAGAUACACACUCUCCUAUCAUCAGUGUGAGGAUUGUAUGUGAUGUUGGUGUGCACCAAAAAGAAAUGCUAGUACUGUUUUAUUAUAAGAGUAUGACAUUUAGUGUCAGAUACAUGACAGGCUCCAAAUAUGGAUGUGAAAGGGCUGCAUGGUCUUGAUUUCUAUACUGCAGUGCCUCUGCAUGGUGUCUUGUGACAAAAAUCUCAUUUUAGGGACUGUAGGACUAGAAGUCUCAAAUGUUGGAUUGAGCAGCAUAUCAUCAGUCAUGUAAUAAAAGGAUUUAGUCAACACUAUGAUGCACAGACACUUGAGGCACUCUUUAGGUGUAUUGGUACAUUGCAGCUUGUGUAAGUAUGUGUGUGCAAGUAUGUGUAUAUAUAUAUGCAUGUGAUGUGUAUGGUUAUGGUACUGUACAUGCAUUUCAAAGAGAGGGUGUGAUCUCUGUGUGUGUGUGCAUUUUAUUGACAGCACAGAAUGUGUUAUACUGUCACCUACAGUCCGAUAAGGAUGCUUUUCAUUGCAAGGGGUCUCCAUCUACUGUUCAGACUAAGCCACUGCGAUUCCUUAGGAAGGACAUGCUACAGAAAAUAUAAAUUCAGAGCUGAAUCACUGUAUCCAGUAAAGAUAUAGGGUCUUCAUUUGAGCCAGUUUGCUACAGCAGGAAAAUAAUCCUGCAGCAACAGGAAAUGUGAUUUUAUAUGUGGAUCAUAAUUAAUGGACAUUUUUGUAGUGGUUGAUACAUUUUUUGUAAGGGAAAUUACAAACUUCAGAAGCCUUUUCAAACCUCAAAUACAAUACAAGUUUUACAUUUCCUGCAUUGCACCUGUAUAUACUUGAUGCUUCAUGUCUCGCAACAGCUUGAAACAAAACACUUCUAACUUAUAUUUUGAUAUCAGAGAUGGUUUAAGGUUCUUAGUAAUGCCCUGGUUUAAUGUAUUAUUGUUAAUGUGAUGCUCUCUCCUAUAGGUCCACAUCCUUCACAAAGUGGUGAAAUAGAAAAGGUAAGUAAUAUCCAAGUAUGGUAUCUGCUUAAGCCACUUGAUGCAGUAAGCUAAUAAUGAUUUCUACUUACAUUUACCCACAUCUGCUUAAAUCAGAAAAAUAUGUAGAGCUGCUUACAUAAUGCAUUCAUAUUCAUACAGAUAGAUAGUGUAUGAUGGAAGGAGUCGGGGAGAGAGAGUUAUUACUGAAGCUGCUGUGCUAUCUGGGUGAUACAGCGACAGCAGUACCACAUAUACUGCUCUAAAGCCAUACAUUAUGGUGCAUGAUGUGUAUGCCGCUAUGCGGCAGAACUAAUAGACCAUGAUGUGAAUCAGUAAAGUUUAGACUCGACUGUGGCGGCCUUGGAUUUUUCACUUUACGAGGAGAGGAGAGGAGGUGGAUCUGCAAUGAAACACAAACCCAACAUAGAAUUGAUUUCUACAAUUUGACAGAUACUGCCUACUUAGUCACACAGUUGCUUCAAACCACUCUAAGUGACCUGAAAAAGCACAGUCCUUGUGUAACAAUAUCAUUAUAUAAUGACAUGAUAUUAUGUGACAUAUAAUAUGUUUUGCUUCUGGCUUCAUGCUGCAUCACUGACCUCCAUCUUCUAUGAUAUCCACACGUGUUGUAGCUACUCUAAUAGGCUACUAAUGGUUUUCUAUCAUCAUAACCAUGGGCUUCUCUGCACUUCCUGUCAUUUAAAAUGUAGGCUCUCCCCUUGUAUACAGUAGUUACUGUAUUUAUCAAUGUAUAGUUGCUGUAUUUAUGACUGUAUAGUUUCUGUAUUUAUCAAUGUAUCCUCUUUUUAGGCACCCUGCCGUAAGCUGCUCAAUAGUGUUCUGCGGGGUAUUGAGCUCACUAUCUUUCAGUCUGAUCGUGACAUCUAUAUCCCCAACUGUGAUACUCGGGGCUUCUACAGGAAAAAGCAGGUAGAUAUAGAGCAGCACGGUUGUUGACGUGAAUAUCUGCCUGUGUAUGAAUAGUAUAUGUGUUUAUGAGAUCAAGAGAGUGGCAUGCUAUUCCUCUUUUCAAUUGCAUGCUAUCUCUCUAUUGAAUUCAGCCGAAAAAUGUCUCCAUGGCCAGAGGCUCUGGAUAAAGGACACUUUGCUUCCAGGCCCUCUGGGCUGUGGGCAUGCUGACAAUAGUUAUAUGGUAUGAUGACAUAUUAUCAUUCUCUAUCCUCUCACACAACACAGUGUCGCUCCUCCAAGGGCAUGCAGCGUGGCCACUGUUGGUGUGUGGAUGAGCUGGGUACCGCCUUGCCCUCACGUGCCAGCGAAGACGGCACUUUACCAUGCGAUGGAGAGUGAGGGAGGUCCUUGUCCCAAAACUUUGAGCCUGGAGGAGGGGGAGUAAGCGGAGGAGGAG